AUGUCUAUGAGCAACGCUGAUAUCGCCAAGAACGUCAAGGAAUCCUUGAAACUCGUAAAGAUCGCCGGAACUGACGGAAUUCGCAAUGGAAAAGAUUUCUACAAAUUCUUCUUCACCAACUUCCCAGAUCUCCGCAAGUACUUCAAGGGAGUUGAAAACUACACUGCCGAUGACAUCGAGAAGAGUGAGCGAUUCGAGAAGCAAGGACAACGUCUCCUUUUGGCCGUUCACAUUCUCGCUAACUCCAUUGAUGAGGAAGACGUCUUCCGUGCUUACGCUCGUGAAACUGUCAACCGUCACCGUAUCUACAAGAUGGACCCUGCUCUCUGGGCUGCUUUCUUCGAUGUUUACGUAGCUUUCCUUGGAACCAAGGGAGAUUUGAAUGCUGAUCAGAAAGCAGCUUGGGCUCAAAUGGCCAAGAUCUUCGAUGAAGAAUGCCAAAUCCACCUUAAGAACCUUGGUCUUCCCCAUGUUUAA